AUGUCCUUGGAAUGUCAACACCUGAUCCCCUUCGAUGACGACGAAGGUAUCAUCCACAUACCGGGCCCAGAACCAGAUCCGAUCGGAUCUGGUGCAGUUGCGGACAAAGCAACUACGUCGGAGAAACCGGAAGACAGCUCCGAACGAGAAUGGCCAAACACGCUGCAGCAGUGCGGAGAAAUGACGCCAGCUCCCAAGUUGCGGCUGAUUCAACGAGAUCCGGCCACGCAUUCAAAUUCGUCGAGGCCGAAAUUCUCGCAAGAGGUGACAACCGCGUGGGCCGGGAGCUACUUGAAUCAUGGUUUACGGGCCUCCAGUCCAUUAACAAGUGCAAUGAACUUCCCCUUCCAUACUCUGUCCUGAGACUUCGCCUAGGCGGAGUAAUUGGCCGCGCGGGGAGCGCACAUGUGAACAAUCUUCCCAACACCAGGAUCGAUGCGUCAGAUGGUCGAGCAAUCAUCACACCAGCAUCCAACGCACGUGAUGAAAUUGCAGCAAUUAACGACGCGAACGUCGGCCAUCAAGCAAUUAACACACCACGUGCAACGAUCCCGGAUGAAAGGGGGGAGCCGUGAAUAGGAAUGCGGUAGCAUGGCGACUGCAUCCUAUAAAUACUGCAGCCCCUGGUGCAUGAAUCACCCGUAUCUGCUGUUGUCUCUGAUGAUGGGUUCGAGCAGCAAUCCGAAACGUCAGGCUAAUAAAGCUCUUGUCCCAGCGAUCGUGUCUCCUUCUUCAAGACUACUUCCUGGGACUCGUCUCUUCGCUUCUAUUGCCCAGCACUCCUCUCCAGACAGCACCGUCUGUGCCGACGCGGGCGUUGAAGUCACCGAGGACAUUCAACUUUUCCGCCUUCGACACAGUCGCCAGGACGGCGUGCAGGCCCUCGUAGAAUUUGUCUCUUAG